AUGUCUGCUUCACCAGAAUCUAGUCCGGCCAACGGACAUGUGUCGCCCGUCGCAACAUCCGUCGCCGUUCAGCUACUAGACCCAGAGCCCAGCGAUAGCGAUCUGUCCGACGUUCAGGCCCCCGACAUCGCUUCUCCCUCCUCCGAUUCUGUGAACAACUUCGACUCGACUGCUCGUGAUGGUCGGGUUGAUGAUUUUGAUGGGGCGUCUAGCCCUAGUGACAAUGGGGCCUCCGAUGAUGCCGACUUUGAUGAAGUGGCCGACAGUCCGGCCUCUCCUCGCAGCAAUGACCCGGCUGAGGGUGCCGCCUCGGCUUCUGACGAUUCCCGGACAGCCUCCAAGCGCAAAGCCGGCGGCAGCCUUGAGGAAGACUACAUGAGGGAGAAUCCUGAACUCUAUGGCCUGAGACGAAGUUCCCGUCCACAACAGCGCAAGAUGAUCGUCGGUGCAGAUGACGACGACUCAGAAUCCGACUCCGUUGUCGUUCAUCGGAGAGCUACCAAGAAGCGACGGACAGAAAGAUCGUUACCUUCCUCGAAGCGAGAUACCCCCCUGCGGCAUACGUCCGUCGAUGAUUCCGACUCCGACACCUAUGGCGGUGCUCGGGCCCGAGCGAUGCAAAAGAAGGCUCGUCGGCAGGCUGUGGCGCAACCCGCAUUGGCUUUCGCCGAAAAGAGGUGGAACAGCCGGAGGGCUGCUCAGGUCACCGCGGGCGCUUACCAAGAGAGCGACGCCGAGCAAGAUGACGACUCGGAUGUCACUCCAGCCCAUUGGGCAGGUGCCGAGGACGAGGACAACUCGCCCUACAUUGAAAAGAUCAUUCGACACGAGUUGAAAGAAGGUGCCGAAUGGAGUCCGGACCUGACCCGGCAUGAUUUCAAGUAUUACAUCAAAUGGCAAGGCAUGUCCCAUUUGCAUGACACGUGGGAAACCACCGCGAGUGUCGCCGGCUUCCGAGGCUAUCGCCGGUUGGAGAACUACUACAGGAAGUUUGUCGAAUUCGAACUGAGCAUGCGAUACGAAGACGACGACAUCACCCCGGAACAAAGGGAGCAAUACAUCCUCGACCGUGAGCGCGAGAACGAGGCCCUCGAGGACUACACCAACGUCGAGCGCGUCGUAGCUGUGCGUGAGGGUGAAGAGGAUACCGAAUAUCUGAUCAAAUGGAAGGGCCUACAAUACGACGAGUGCACCUGGGAAACGUCUGCCGACGUAAGCGAGCGGGCGCAGGACAAGAUCGACCAAUUCAUCGACCGAACACAAAGGAGCUGGGUGUCAGAUCGGAAGGAGUCGAACCCCGACACGAGAGGCCGCAUGACCAAGCUGGAGCAACAGCCUUCCUACAUCACGAACGGGGAGUUGCGGGAGUUCCAGAUGAAGGGCCUAAACUUCCUUGCACUCAACUGGACCCGUGGCAACAACGUCAUCCUUGCCGAUGAAAUGGGCCUCGGAAAGACUGUCCAGAGCGUAUCCUUUCUCAGCUGGCUGCGCAAUGACCGCGACCAAGAAGGCCCAUUCUUGGUGGUGGCCCCGCUCAGUGUUAUUCCGGCCUGGUGCGAUACCUUCAACCACUGGGCCCCCGACCUGAAUUAUGUUGUCUAUCUCGGCCCCGAAGCCGCGCGCUCAACCAUCCGUGAGCAUGAGCUCAUGGUCAACAACAAUCCGAAGAAGACAAAAUUCAAUGUCCUUGUCACCUCUUACGACUACAUUCUUCUUGACUCGGAUUUCUUGAAAACCAUCAAAUGGCAAGUGCUCGCUGUCGACGAGGCUCAUCGCUUGAAGAAUCGGGAGUCCCAGCUUUACGCUAAGCUCGUGAGCUUCAACAUUCCCUGCAAGGUUCUGAUCACUGGCACGCCUAUCCAGAACAAUCUGGCCGAGCUGUCGGCUUUGCUGGACUUCCUCAACCCCGGCAAGGUCCUCAUCGACGAGGAGCUAGAGCUCCUCGGACAGUCGGAGAAACCGGAAGUCGUCGUCGAUGAGCAGAAGGACGAGGAGCAGCGCCGACAGACCCAGGAGAAGCUCGGUCAAUUGCACAAGGCCAUCGCUCCUUUCAUCCUCCGUCGAACCAAAGAGACUGUCGAGUCCGACCUGCCGCCAAAGACAGAAAAGAUUAUCCGCGUGGAGCUCUCUGAUGUCCAGCUGGAUUACUACAAGAACAUCCUGACACGCAACUAUGCUGCCCUCAGGGAUGCCAGCGGCCAAAAGCAGUCUCUGCUGAACAUCAUGAUGGAGUUGAAGAAGAUCAGCAACCACCCAUAUAUGUUUCAAGGCGCCGAGGAACGGGUGUUGAAUGGCAGUACGCGCCGCGAGGACCACAUCAAGGGUCUUAUCACGAGCAGUGGCAAAAUGAUGCUUCUUGACCAGCUGUUGACCAAACUCAAAAAGGACAACCACAGGGUACUGAUUUUCAGUCAAAUGGUCAAAAUGCUGGAUAUACUUGGGGACUAUCUGCGCAUACGUGGCUACCCUUUCCAAAGACUCGAUGGCACCAUUCCUGCCGGACCCCGGCGCUUGGCCAUCAACCACUUCAACUCUGAGGGCAGCGAUGACUUCUGCUUCCUUCUCUCGACGCGAGCUGGUGGUCUUGGGAUCAACUUGAUGACUGCGGACACUGUGAUCAUCUACGACUCCGACUGGAAUCCCCAAGCCGACCUUCAAGCCAUGGCUCGAGCUCAUCGUAUCGGCCAGAAGAGACCUGUCAGUGUGUACCGGCUCGUCGCGAAGCAGACAAUUGAAGAAGAAGUCGUCAAGAGGGCCCGCAACAAGCUUUUCUUGGAAUAUCUCACAAUACAGGCAGGCGUCACCGACGAGGGCAAGGCCCUGCGUGAAAAGUUCCAGGAACGAGGGGUCAUGGUGGACGAGGCCAAGACGUCCGAAGACAUUCAGAUGAUCUUGAAGAUGCGGUCUCAGAACCUAUUUGAACAGUCCGGUAACCAAGAGAAGCUAGAGAAACUCGACAUCGACGCCAUUCUGGAGCAGGCAGAAGAGACCAAGACUGCCGUCGAUGACAAGCUCAAUCUUAGCACAGGAGGUAUCGACUGGGACAACUGGAUGCAGGUCACUGAUGUCAAAGUUGACGAAAUGGCGCUCGACUGGGAUCAGAUCAUUCCUGCCGACCAGCUUGCCGUCAUCAAGGCCGACGAGGAGAAGAAACAGAAUGAUGCGUAUCUCGCCAAGGCGAUGGAAGAAAACGCCCCUCGAAAAGCUACGUUAAAGGGCGUCAAGAAGGGGUCAGACGCUGACAGGGCCGACCGGCUGGCGAAGAAACGAGAGCGCGAGAGGCAAGAGCUCGAAGAACUCGAGGAACAGCGUGCUCUUCUGUCGGACCCAAGGCGGCCUCUGAACGAGAAGGAGACUCGCAAUCUGAUCCGAGCUUUCUUCCGAUAUGGCUCAAUGGACGAUCGCGGCGACGAAGUGGUCCACGAGGCUCGCUUGUCUGACCGUGACCGUGAUUUUCUCCACGAGAUCAUUGGCGACCUCGUUAGAGACAGCCAGGCUGCUGUCGACAUUAGUAACGAGAAAGUGCGCGAAGAAGAAGAACGGACGGGCAAGUCACUGGCCAAGAAGGACAAGAAGGCCGUGCUUGUUGAUUUCGGGGAAGUCAGGAAGGUGAACGCCGAGACUGUUGUCGAGAGGCCCCCCCAACUCAAACUUCUCCGCAAUGUGCUAGGCGAGCACGCUAAUCCUCUCACUUUCCGCCUGCCAGAAGCUGCGAAGGCCGCACAUUACACCUGCGAGUGGGGAGCUCGCGAAGAUGGCAUGCUCUUGAUCGGCAUCGACAGAUACGGCUUCGGAGCGUGGACCCAAAUCAGGGAUGACGCCGAGCUACAGAUGCAGGACAAGUUUUUCCUGGAAGAGCAUCGCGUGGACAAGAAAGAGGAGCGCAAGAAGGGUGACGACAAGAGCAUACAGUCACCAGGUGCCGUUCACCUGGUCCGCCGUUCCGAAUACCUUCUCUCGGUCCUGAUGGCAAAGUACUCCGACGAUGCCGCGGCCAAGAAAGCUGUCGAAAAUCACCAUCGCAGCAAGAAGAACCUCGUCUUGAAUGGGCAUCGCCGCAGCGACGUUCAUUCUGCUUCUGGAUCUCCCGCCCCUCAACUCAUCAAGAAAUCCGGACACAACAGAGAUCGUAACAGAGAGCGUCUGCAUAGUGAUCAUCAUAGGUCUCGUAGCAUCGCCGACGAACGUGGGACUCCCCGCCCCGAGCACAAGAGGAAGCAUACAGAUGACUACGACGACCGCCACAGCAAGCAUCGGCGUACGGACCAUGCGCACGGCGAUAACAGGCACAGUUCUCUUGACAAGCAUGCCAAGGACGACAAGGCUCGUACGAAGCUGGAUUCCGAGGCGCUCGAUCGUCUCAACAGAAGACGUGAGGAGGCUGUCCAGCGGUUCAAUCGCCUGAUGGAGCUCGACGACAACAAGCUGGAUGUUCAGGACAACGAACAGUUGAUCUGGUCCUUGUUGAAGCCUGUACGUGGGAACUUCAAGCGUAUUAUGUAUACGACACAGGAUCAUAUUGCAUCGGCCAAGGAGCGUGCCAAGAUCAUGGGUACUGAGCUCCGUCACAUUGGAAAUCACCUCACGGGUCUGAAGGAUGCUGGACUCCCUGCGGAACAGCUUGAUGGACUGAUGCCCCAGUUCUGGGAUUUCCUCUCUACUGUCUGGCCCAUUGGCGAGAUUGAAGUGACGGGCGACAAGCUCGCCAAGAUGUAUCGCACACUCACAGACAAGGACAAGGGAAAGGACAAGAAAGAAGGCGGAGACAAAAAGUCGGCCAAGAGGCGCGACGAUCUUGAAGACGGUGAGAUCGACGAUGAGGACGAAGCACAUCGUCAAGCGCGCAGGGAGGCGCGUCGCGACCCCAGCGAAGACAGCCGCCGUGAUUACCGGCGGGACGACUACAGACACCGUGCUUAUGAGAACGGAGACCGCUUGAGCUUUAGGAAAGAUCGGGAUCGACCUCUGAGCGAUCGAGGUCUCGCCGACCGUGGCAGGCCAUCGUGGUCACCCCCGAACAACCAACAUCGGCCCAGCCCGUACUAG